UAAAAACAACUGUCUUGUCAGUGAGCUCCAUCAUUUGUCCAGUAAACUUCAUACCGUUUACAUCACACAUCAAUCGAAUCACUUGUGUCAUUUGUCCAUUCACUUUGUGGCACUGCGAUAAAAAUUCAAAAUCUCAGGAGCUGUUCAUCGUUGAACACAUUUUUAUUAUUAUUAUUAUUAAUAUUAUUUUUAUUAUUAUUGUAAUUAGUCAUUGAACUUUGUACGUAAAAAUAAUAAGCGACAAUGCUGAGAAUUGUAGUGUUGGCUGUUUUAGCAUUUGUUCAUUAUGGCCAUGGCCAUACAUAUCACACCGGGGAGUGUCCUUCAGUUGCACCGAUGAUGGAUUUUGACAUCAAAAGGUUUUUAGGUGUUUGGUAUGCCAUUCAAAAAACAUCCACCGCUUCGUCGUGUUUGGUGUAUAAUGUAACGCGUGGCGAGGAGCCCGGCGAAUAUUUCAUCGAGCAAGUAUCACAGCAUUUUGCACUGGGUCUUACACCACUUAAACAUGAAUACAGCUAUACCGGGCAAUUGUCGGUACCCAUUCCGGAGCUCCCAGCCAAAAUGCGUGUUAAAUUCCCGUUGAAUCCGAUUGGUGAGUCCGAUUUCACGAUCUUCAUGACUGACUACGAAACCUAUGCCGGAAUAUUCACAUGCCAGAAGCUCACAUUCGCUCACCGUCAAAGUGCAACACUCUUGUCUCGAAACCGUGAUUUGGACAAGUUGUAUGUUGACAAGAUGCGCACCCGCCUCGGUUCGUUCAACGUUGACCCAUACGAUCUGAGUAUUAUCAAUCAAUCGGGAUGCCCAAAGAAUAACGAAGAAGAAAAUAACUACAACAUUCACAUCGACCAAGAAACAUUCUCAAGUCAAAGCAUUGGAAAUGCCGUACGAAAGGCAGGCGAAAAGAUAGGCGAUGGCGUCGAAUGGACGCUCAAUUCAUCGAAAAAGUUGUACAAUCAAUUGACAAGUAAUUCCAACGAUACUGAGGCGGAACAACAGGAAAAAGCUCGCCAGGGCUUUGUUCACCAAGAACCUAACGCAGAAUGGGUUCGGUUUUAAUGGUCGGUUAGGCCGGUCCCAGUAGGAGAAAAAUGAUAACUUUUUUCGGAAAUUUUAUUUGAAUUUCAUAAUGGAGACCAUUUCAAGACUAUGUCUAUAUUCAACUGAUCUGGACGUCUUUACUAGCGGCUAAUUUGCCGUCAAUGAAAACAAGUCACAAAAUUGUGUAAAGCAAUCAAUAGAAAUACAAAGCAAAUAUUUAAGAAUCUA